UCCCGGCUCAGUUGCUGCUCUCUGCUCGCAGGGGCUCCGCGGCUUUCUGUCUACUCUCUCUCUCUCGCUCUCCCUCUCUCUCUCUCUCUCUCUCUCUCUCUCUCUCUCACUGUCCCUCUCUCUGUCCCUCUCUCUCCCCUUCUCUCUCUCCCUCUCUCGCUCCGUCUCUGACCGCGGGUGCACGAGCGAGCGAGCGUGUGUGUGAGUGAGUGUGUGAGUGUGUGUGUGUGUGUGUGUGUGAGAGUGAGAGUGAGUGUGUGUGUGUGAGUGUGGCUUUCGGUCCCUGCCUAUACUUCCAUUAGCUAUGGAUGGAGACGGGAGCCAAGCCACGUCUGGAAGCCCCAACGAUACGCAGCAUGACCCGGGCAAAAUGUUCAUCGGUGGCCUCAGCUGGCAAACCUCACCAGACAGCCUUAGAGACUAUUUUAGCAAAUUUGGAGAAAUAAGAGAAUGUAUGGUGAUGAGGGAUCCCACAACAAAGCGCUCCAGAGGUUUUGGCUUCGUUACGUUUGCAGAUGCCGCCAGUGUAGAUAAAGUCUUAGCCCAACCACACCACGAAUUAGACUCAAAGACGAUCGAUCCCAAAGUGGCCUUCCCUCGACGUGCUCAGCCUAAGAUGGUCACGAGAACAAAGAAAAUAUUCGUGGGCGGACUAUCAGCGAACACGGUGGUAGAGGACGUGAAGCAGUAUUUCGAGCAGUUCGGAAAGGUAGAAGAUGCUAUGCUGAUGUUCGACAAGACUACUAACAGACACAGAGGCUUCGGCUUCGUAACUUUCGAGAAUGAAGACGUGGUGGAGAAAGUCUGUGAAAUUCAUUUCCAUGAAAUCAAUAAUAAAAUGGUAGAGUGUAAGAAGGCCCAGCCAAAGGAGGUGAUGUUCCCUCCUGGGACACGGGGUCGGGCCAGGGGUCUCCCCUACACCAUGGACGCCUUCAUGCUGGGGAUGGGCAUGCUGAGUUACCCAAACAUCGUCGCAACAUACGGUCGUGGAUACACUGGAUUUGCCCCCAGCUACAGCUACCAGUUCCCCGGGUUCCCGGCGACGGCGUAUGGACCGGUGGCAGCGGCAGCAACGCUGGCGGCAGCACGAGGCUCAGGUAGGGGGGCCCGUGGAAGAGGCGGCUACGUGGCAUACCCACAGAACUCGGGGCCAGGCUUCCCCGAUUACGGGUUUUAUUCCGCGCCCAGCGACCAGCGGGGGGCACCCUGUUCCUUUGCGGACUAUGGCUCCCUGGGGCCCCAGGCAGCUCAGAUGCUGCAAAGCGAGCACGCCACGUCCGCCUGCAACUCGCCCCUGCAGCACCUGCACAGCCCGGAUCAGUUUAAAAGCCCAGGUUUGUAUGGCACUAACCCUCCUCGGCCUGGAGGCUUCCCUGGUGCCAACAGUCCGGGGCCUGUAGCGGAUCUGUACGGCCCGGCCAGUCAGGACUCUGCUGUUGGAAACUACAUCACUGCUGCUAGCCCCCAGCCCGGAUCCGGCUUCAGCCAUGGUAUUGCUGGCCCUUUGAUUGCGACAGCUUUUACAAAUGGAUACCAUUGAAACCUAACAGGUGGUCGGUUGCCAUCUCAGUGGAGAGAAUAUCUGGAGGUCCUGGGAAGAUGGGCCGAAGUUUCUAACUGGUUGUGUACAGGUGAUGUCAUGAGACUUCAAGCACUACAGCAUCCCACUGGUGAAAGGCAAGGGGGGGUGGCAUCAUGAAGAAGAAAAGAACAAAAGAAAUUGUCAAGAUCAUCUCAGAAAAUAAAACAACUGCUGUACCAUAAUCCCAACCCCUAUUGUAACCACGAUUUAUUUUUUCUCUAUAUGGCCUUUUAUUUCUCACUUUGUUUUUUAGUUUUUUCUGCUUUUAGUUGGGUAAGAUGCAUAGAUGAGGGGAAGAAGUUAUUUUGUUGUGAUCAGUUGUGUUAUUUUUGAUUUUUCGCAUUUCUUAUUCAUGUUCUUUGUUCUUUCUUUUGGCAUUUUGGCAAGAGUAGUUUAAAAUGUUUGCUGGUCAUGUCUGAAUUACCUUUGGUACCAAUUGUAUAGAACCGAUUUUAUGGUGUCAUAUUUGCACAACAAAAAAAAGGUUCAAGCUACAUAUUGACUGAUGAGGUUUUGAAAGAACAUUCAGUACAUUUCAUUUCGGGUGAAAAACAAGAGGAUAACUGAACUAUUGAAUUGAUCUUAGUAGCUGUUUUUAAUUCUUGUGAUGUCUCAUUGUUGAUCAUAAUUACCUAUUUUUGGGCAAUACAAAGAGGACUCCAAUAUUUUUAUGGUCCUUUUUUUAUAAGUGUUGUUUUUGUCGUUUAGAAAAAAAAAGAAAUGUAUACUAUGACAUUUUUUCAAAUGAAUACAUUGUGAAUUCAGAUUUACGAGAAAAAAAAUGUAACUGUAAAUAUUAUUCCAGUCAUUGCAUAUAACCAACACAGAAUGAAAAAGAAAAAAAAAAACAACAAAA